UAUAAGCCAACGCAGGUCUCGGACGAAUAACCUGCAGUAGCCGUGUCGAACCCAUGACAUUCCAGUCCAAUCCUGAUCCUGUAAUCCUUCUUAUCACAUUACUUGCAGUCGCAAUCACAUCCACAUUCCUUGCUGAUCAACUCCCCCGCCAUCCCCGCUUCAUCUCACCUCCCAUCUCACCUUCUUCGUCUUCUUCAUCAUCACCUCAACUCCACCCUCUACAUCCACCACCACCAAACCAACCAUGCCCUUCGAAGCAAUCGGCAUCCUCUCCAUCGGCGAGAUGGGCUUUGGCAUCGCCCAGCUCCUCCGCGCCCACCACUACCGCGUGCUAACCUACGCCGCCGACCGGAGUGAAUCCACCCAACACCGCGCCUGGCUGGCCGACAUCGAACUGCGGCCCUCCCUGCAGAACCUCAUCGACGAAAGCGACGUGCUGCUCUCCAUUGUCCCGCCCGCCGAGGCCCUCCCCACCGCCGAACGCAUCAUCACCGCCGCCAGCGCCCGACACCUCGUGCGCGACAGCCCCUUGUACAUCCUCGACCUCAACGCCGUCUCCCCCGCUACCGCCCGGGAAUUGGCCCAGCUCUUCCGCACCACCGCCCGACCGGACGAUCUCCGCUUUGUGUCCGGGGGAAUCAUCGGAUCCCCGCCGCAUUUCACCAAGCAUCCACAUCAUGAUCAUACGCAUCUUAAUGGCACCCACACGCCUGACACUGAGGGUAAAAAAAAGGGGGAAGAAGGGGAGUGGAAAAAGCCAGCCCUGGUGGUCUCCGGCCCCGAUGCCCUCCCGGACGCCUCCCUCGCCGCCGUCCUGAACAUGCGACACGUCGCGCCCGAGAUCGGCACCGCCGCCGCCCUGAAGAUGUGCUUCGCGGCCCUGACCAAGGGCUUCACCGCGCUGGCGAUCGAGUCCUUCACCACCGCUGAGGGGUUCGGAGUGCUGCCCGAGCUGCGCGGCCUGCUCGGGGAGUAUAAGCCCGCUGCGCUGGGGAUGGCGGAGCACGGCGUGGUGGGCAUGCCGUCCAAGGCGUAUCGGUGGGUGGAGGAGAUGCGGGAGAUCGGGCGGACGAUGCAGGAGGGGGCCGGGUUUGGGCCUGCCGUGUUCAAUGGGGUCGCGGAGGUGUAUCAGGCUGUGGCGGCGGAUCCGGUGCUGGGGCUGGAGAAGCAGAAGGCCGGGGAGCUGAGACAGCGCGGGAAGACGGUGGAGGAUGUGGUGGGCUGUUUACAGGGGAGUCUGAAGGGGAAGACGACGGAGUCGUGA